AUCGAUAAAUCGCGUAAAGAGGAAACGCGUGUAACGCGAUCCCCAGACUCUGUCAACUUCCAGCAUCCAACUCCAAACCAAAUCUCGCUGCUCACAGCUUCGUACUCUAUCCGUCAAUUCCUGCCCAUCAUGGAUGACUCGGACGACCUCCUCACCGGUGAACCGCCCACCAUCGAUCCGUAUGAGGUCCUUGGCUUGGAGCGCACGGCAGACGAGGGCCAGAUCAAAUCUGCCUAUCGAAAGCUCGCUCUGAAAAACCAUCCAGACAAGGUUCCCGACGAUCAGAAGCAAAAAGCCCACGAGGCCUUUCAGUCUAUAGCCUUUGCAUAUGCGGUGCUAUCCGACCCGGCGAGGCGCAAACGUUAUGACGAGACAGGCUCGACCUCCGAGUCCAUUGUCGACUCGGAUGGCUUCAGCUGGUCAGACUUCUACCGAGAGCAGUACCGCGACACAGUCACUGCUGAUGCGAUCGAAAAAUUCGCGAAACAGUACAAGGGUUCUGAUGAAGAAAAGGACGACGUCCUAAUCGCAUAUGAAGAAUACAAAGGCAAGAUGGACAAGGUCUACGAGUCAGUUAUGCUAAGCGAUGUACUUGAAGACGACGAACGAUUCCGCGCGAUCAUAGACGAGGCCAUCGCUAAUAAGGAUGUCCCUGCGUUCAAAGCUUACACGCAGGAGAGCAAAAAGUCUAAGGAAGCCCGAGUCAAGGCCGCGAAGAAGGAAAGCGUCGAGGCUGAGGAGUACGCCAAGGAAUUAGGGGUGCAUGAUAAGCUAUUUGGCAAGAAAGAUAAUAAAGACGGCAAGAGUAAAAGCAAGAAGGGAUCGUCCGAAGAUGACCUAGCAGCACUUAUUCGCCGUAACCAGCAAGGUCGAAGCAAUUUUCUUGACAAUCUAGCGGCCAAGUAUGGCGCAGCACCGAGCGCUAAGAAGGGCAAGAAGCGUGCUAGUCCGGAAGAGCCUUCUGAGGAAGCUUUCCAGGCUGCGGCAGCGAGGUUGAAGAAGAAGAGCAAGAAGUAGGAUCGAGUCUAGUUUUCGUUUACGGCGCAUAUGGUAUUCAGGCAAGUAGGGGAAUCAAUUAUCAAGACAUAAAAUUCACAAGAUACAUAAUUCAAACGUCUUGGUGUUGUAU